AUGGUUGAGACAGAAAAAAUACCAUUUAAUGUUGACAAAUUCGUGAAAGAGGUACAUUUUUAUGACAUUAGUGACACUUUGAAGAGUACUGAAUUAAUUAAAUUUUAUAAUAAGUUAAAUGAAUAUCUGGUUAAUACUAAGACACAUUCUGAGAAUUGUGCUGAUAUAACUGACCCAAAGCUUAAUCUCCUUUGCCUUACGGUUGAGAAAAUAUUUGAUAAUUGGAAUAGUAUAUGCAAUUUAGUCGCCAGUUCGAAAGAUAAAUGUUAUGAUUAUUUAAAUUAUUGGGUAUAUGGGAAAAUACUAGAGUAUGACUCUGGACAUUUAUAUAUUUUUCAAUUUUACAAAAGACUGAAGGAGCUUUUAAAAAAAAAAGUUAAUGUGGCACAAAAUGACACAUACAGUAAACAUUUUGAACAGGUAACUUACAGGGAUACAUUAAGAAAUAAAAAAGAAUUAUUUGAUUUUGCACAAUAUUAUGAUUAUAUAAUUAAAGUGAUAACUGGAGAAGCAUCAGGAAAAGAGGACCAACAUUGCAAAUACUUUAUGUACAUUUUGGAUAUAUACAGUAUUAUAAAAAAUGAAUAUAGUCAAGAAUUAUCUAAAAUAUAUAACAAGGAGGCAAAAUUACUUCAGUCUAAACUUAAUGCAGGAAAUAAUUUAUAUUCUUUACUAGAUAAAUGUUCAAAGUAUGAUGAACCUAAUGGAUAUCAGAAUAUUGAAGAGUUAAAAAGUCGAUUUCAUAGGCAAAAUGCUGAAGGGGGAGCACUAAUACAUGUUCCAAUGCCAGCUGGUCUUGAUAUGAAAACAAUUUUAGAAGAAUUGCCAUCGAAUAAAAUAUAUAAAGAGCUUAAUAAUCAUGAAUCAUCAACAAAAUAUGACAGCUAUUGCAAUGAUUUAGGAGGUUCGAAUACAGAGUUAAAACCACUUUGUAGAAAACUUGUAAGAAAUUUGAAAGAUAUAUCAGAAAGUAAAAUAAUGAAAGAUCUUACACAUGGAGAACGUUGUCUACAUUUUAUUUUCUGGGCUUAUGAAGAAAUAGGUAAAAUUUUUAAUUGGUCAUGGAGAAAUGUUCACAGUAUACAUGAUGCUAAAAAAUUUCUUGAGGUUUGGGGAAGUGUUAGUGUAGAAGCAAUGAAAAAAGGAGUUAGUGAAAGAGUAAAUUUAACAAUGAAUCAAAUUGAUAGCAACUGUACAAGGAAGGCAAGUGAUGGUUCAUGUAUAAGACAUAGAUUUAUAAAAGAUCUUGGAGGUGAUUAUGCAUUAAAUAAUUAUAAAACUUGUUUAUAUUACAUUGACUGCACUUAUAAUGAAUGUAAAGAAAUGAAGUACUUGCAUGAUUACUUUAAUAACUUUGAAACUAUCAAAAACAAAAUUACUUCUACCACAACAUGCCCAAAGUAUUAUGCGUACCUUGAUUAUAUAACUAAGUUAUAUGAAAAGUAUAGAUACUCUGACAAUGGAGAUUGCUGCAAUUGGCGUGAUUGUGGUGAUUUUUUAAAAUGUGGUGAAGAUUUAAAUCCGAAGAAAUUAAAAGAACUUUCAGCAUGUAAUACUGAAAUUUAUAAUUCAGAAAUAUCUGAUGAUGGUAAGGGUGAACACGAUGAAUUUGAAAGUUUGUGGUCAGGUUUUAAUUGGGAAGAUGAAAUUUCUGCAUAUGAUACAGAUGAAUAUGGAUAUGAAAGUACCCAUUACGGAUUACCGGAUGUGGAUAAUUUUGCAUUGAAUGAAUUCGGGGAUGUAAAAAGUAAUAAAGUGGCAAGUAAUCAAAAGAGAUUAUUAAAAUUUUUACAUCCUAAGAACAAGAUAAAAUAUAUUUUUCUGAUUGCAGGAAUAUCCUAUUUAGCAUUUGCUUUGUUUAGGGUAAGUGUAAAUUAUAGCUUUCACAUGAAUACCUUAACUUAUUAUAACCAUAAUAUAUAUUUCAUUAUAUGUUAUAACGAUAUUAUGUAUUUUUUUUUUUUUAUCAUUUUAUCACUUAUCGAUAAAAAUUUGAAAAAAAAACAAAAGAAUGAUUUCGGUAUUUAUAUAGAUGAAGAGGAAUCGUCAUUGUAUGAUUCAUGGGAUCAUGAUGCAUAUAAGAGGAUGCUAAAUUUAGGUUAUUAUCCAGCAGAAGAAUCCGUGUAUUAUUAA